UUCCGUCCUGGACUCUAUUGCUGGCCGGUCUUCUCGCCCACCCACCCUCCUCCCUCCUCGUUUCUCCGUCGUUGCCCGUUAAGACCCCAACUACUCAACUCGCCCACACACCUACCACUACCCCCCCCCGCUGUACCCUCAUGCAUCUCCUCUUCGUCUACCUGUCACUAUUCUCCUCUGCCCUUGUCCUCUGAACGCAACUUCCUUCAAUCCCUCUUCUCCCCCUCCCCCCAACCCGCUCCUGCACGUCGCAACUCGCCCGCUUCUCGUUCCUCACCCGCUUCUGCUUACACCAACCAACUCGCCAAACCAAACAUCCCCUCCUACCAAAAACCUACUUCCGCUUGAUCUCUAUCCUACCUACCUACCUCACCCGUUACAACUACCCUCUUCUUCGGAAUGGUCUCCCCGCGCCGCCGAUCAUCUCGGGCGCGGUCUACUACCCACCAGAUUGCAGCAUCCUCCUCAUCAUCGUCCUCCUCCUCUCGGAACCGCAUCAGCAGACACCGUCCCGACGAAGACACGCUCGUAGACCUGGACUCCACCUUCCAGCGAGUCCCCGAUGCCGACAUCGACGAAGCCAACGACGAUUCACACACGGCCGAGAGUGUCGUCGACGAAGCGAUGGAGGAUGCUGGCGACGCCGAGGACGAGAUUACGCGCUGCAUCUGCGGUUUUCAAGAGUACCAAGGCGGUGACGACGAGACGGACACCGACGGACUCUUCAUCCAGUGCGAUCAGUGUAAGGUAUGGCAGCACGGCUUCUGCGUCGGCAUCACGGACAACGAAUCCACUCCGGAAAACUACUACUGUGAAAAAUGCAAGCCCGAAUUGCACAGGGAGGGCUUCAACAAAGCUGGCCACAAGACUUCAGUUUACCUACCCGCCCAAGAAGAACCCCCGAAGCCGACAGCGAAGGAAGUUAGUCACAAGCGAAGGACCACCAUGAACUCUCGAGAUGCUGAGUACGACGACGAGGUUCUGAAGAGAAUGCUAGAAGUAAGCAAGCACGAGACAAAAACGAAUGGGGAUUCGGGUUCCCGUAGGGGACGGAAACGUGGUUCAAGUGAGGGGUCUGACGAGAUGAAAGAUCCGAAACGGUCCCGUCAUUCCGAUACUCCGGAAUCCCAAUCGAACGCGAUCGUCGAUUCGAGCGAUGAGAAGCCGGCGAAGGGCCCCGUGAAUCCACCUCCCUCAGCUCGUAAGGCUCGGGCUGCUGCCAACCGAAAUGCGAGCUCCAACAAUGUUACGUCGGCCAAGAGGACCUCUACUAGAAACCGAGGAGGCAUCGAGAAGUUUGAGCCUCGGAAAGAUGAUUCGGAACAUUCGGAUGAUUACGCGCCUCGCAAGAACAGUCGAUCCACUCACCGAAGCGUUGUCGAAGAGCCGGUAGAACCCACACCCGUCGUUCAGGCCGAGCCUGUAGUACCGGACACACCGCAACAGACCACGAAACGAGCUGCCCGCAACAGCAACAUCAACGGCGGACGUCGAAGAAACGGACGGCACACGCGCCAAUCGGAAGAUCCGCACGAGACGGGCGUGCCAAUGGCUCGUGCCGAGUCGUCGACGAGCCACGUCAAGCACGACAACACUGCCAGCGUGCUCGAAAAGCCCACAAAACCGAGACUACCUGCCGCCCGCAUCACCAUGAACGAGAUGAAGAAGCGUGUCAACAGCAUCUCGGAGUACAUCACGCGCACACAGGUCGAGAUGGCCAACACGCGUCAAUCCGACAUCUACGCGUACCUUGCAUGGAUGGAGGAGCAGGGUACACCCGUCAGCAAGAGCAAGAGCUCGACUGCCACUCCCAAGAGCGCGAGUCCGAGAUCUGCCACCGCGUCGUCGAAUACUGUCAGCGAUCCGAGCAUCCCCAAGAUCCAGAUCAAUGGUGGUGGUGGGACCAGUAAGGUCCUCGACAAGGCGGCAGAAGCGCUCUCGGCGAACGCCAAUGCUCUCGAGAUCAUGGAGUUGCUGUCGACAAAGAUAAAUCGAUGGCAGCAGAAUCACGGCGAAGUAUUGUAGUGUGCAUUCAUUCCGCGUUUUCCUUACUUUGUAUAGUUGGUUGGCGGGUUGGGUUUCUCUGGCGCUACAGGCUUCUCGUUCUAUCUCUUG